GUCCCAAAGCCCAUCAACUCGCCUCCGCUGCCACCGCCGCCGCAUUCUACAAUGCCGACUUCUACCAAACCACAGCCCCUACGCCUGCAUUCCGUCUCUGUGCAUCUAUCGUUUGCCUGAAAAGAACUAUCCGCACCCUAUUCCGCCCGUCGUCGUAUUCUGACGUACCCUGGCCACAUCCGAGUCCUUUGACAUCUCAUCCGGUCAACCACACGCCGCUUGGACUGUCAUAGACCUGUCCUCCACUCCAUUUCUUUCCAGAAGAGAGACAUCAAACCAAUGGGUGCACCAAAGCUUAAGUGGACAUCAGGUGAAGAAGCUGCACUUAAAGCUGGUGUGGCUAAGUAUGGGAUGGGAAAAUGGAGCACCAUACUCAAAGAUCCAGACUUUGCUCCAAUCUUGCGUUCUCGGUCUAAUGUGGACCUCAAGGAUAAAUGGAGAAAUCUCCAUGUCAUGGCAAAUGGUUGGGGGUCUAGGCAGCGGGGUAAGAUUGUCUGUAAAAGCACUCAAUCCAAGCAUGAUGAUGAAGAAUCUAUGGCGCUUACCACUAUAGCUGAGAAUGAUAUGGAUAUUCUUGAUGAGAAGCCCCUUGCAACAGUUAGUGGAACAUGUAUUGAUGAUAGUUCUAAGAAGCCAAUUACAAGCUUGGACGAAGUAAUAAUGGAGGCUAUUGCCAAGCUGAAGGAACCCCGUGGAUCUAGUAGAAAUGUAAUUUGCACGUACAUUGAGGUAGUUUCUUCAUGCAAGCUAGUUAACUGGCAAUGCUUGCUAAACACUAUUACAUUUGCUAUUUUCCCUGCCUAUUUAUUUUAUUUACAUGGAUUAAUCCUGCUGCAUGCACUUCUUGUUUUACUCUACGGCGCAAAUGACACAAUGUUUUAUUUAAAUAGAAAUGUAAUUUGCACGUACAUUGAGGAGAACUACAAGGCAUCUCCAAACCUGGAGAGGCAAUUGGCUGCAAAUUUGAAGGACUUAACAGAAAGAAGAAGGCUAAUAAAGGUGAAGCAUUUUUACAGGAUCGCACCAAGUGGGAUGUCGACAGAUGUAAAGGGGGAGCCUUCUCCUCCAAUGGUUAUGGGGGAAAAGCAGGUGACACUUCCUUCUCCAAAACCAGAAAGUAGUAAUGGAAUAAGAAUUUUGACCAAAGCACAGAUUGAUGCCGAGCUGGAGAAAAUGAGGAGUAUGAAUGCACAAGAGGCGGCCAUUGCUGCAGCGCAAGCAGUUGCAGAAGCUGAAGCUGCCAUUGCAGAGGCUGAACGGGCAGCACUGGAAGCAGAGGAAGCCGAGGCUGAGGCUGAAGCGGCACAUUGUUUUGCUGAAGCAGCAAGUAAGGCUUUGAACUUUCAGACCACCAUCCAUGUCUAGUAAUUUGCAACCUCAGCAAACUUUGUGGAU